AACCGGAAGUGGAUGGGGCGCAUCCGGCUUGGCGGCGCGGCCGGGGCCGGUUCUGGGGUCUGUGGGCGGGCCGGGGGUCGCGGCCGUGCCGGGGUCAGGAGCUCCUGAGCGGGCCGGGGGAUCCCUGAGCGGGCCGGGGGAUCCCGGCGGCGCCACGAUGUCGAUGUCGCACCUGUACGGCACGGACGGAGACGAUGGCGUGGAGAUGGAGAGCUUCGAGGUGUCGGACUGGGACCUGCAGAACGAAUUCAACCCGCACCGGCAGCGGCACCGCCAGACCAAGGAGGAGGCGACUUACGGCGUGUGGGCCGAGCGCGACUCAGACGAGGAGCGGCCCAGCUUCGGCGGGAAGCGCUCCAGGGAUUACUCGGCCCCCGUGAGCUUUGUCAGUGCUGGGCUGAGGAAGGCAGCGGCCGAGGAGCUCUCAGAUGAGGAUUCGGAUGAUGAUGAGAAGCCUGUGAAGCAGGAGGAGAUUCCCAAGGAGUUUGUGCCCAAGAAGUUAAAAACAGGUGGAAAUUUCAAGCCCAGCCAGAAAGGCUUUGUGGGAGGCUCUAAGUCCUUCGUGGAUUUUGGCAGCUGGGAGAGACACACUAAAGGAAUUGGGCAGAAGCUUCUGCAGAAGAUGGGAUAUGUCCCUGGAAGGGGUCUUGGGAAGAAUGCUCAAGGUAUCAUCAAUCCCAUCGAGGCCAAGCAGAGGAAAGGCAAAGGUGCUGUGGGUGCUUAUGGCUCUGAGAGGACCCCACAGUCCUUGCAAGACUUCCCUGUGGUGGACUCAGAAGAGGAAGCUGAGGAGGAAUUUCAGAAGGAGCUCAGCCAGUGGCGGAAGGACCCGAACGGAGGCAAGAAAAAGCCCAAGUACAGCUAUAAAACAGUGGAAGAGCUGAAAGCCAAGGGCAGGAUCAACAAGCAGCUCGCAGCCCCUCAGAAGGAGCUGUCCCAGGUUAAGGUGAUCGACAUGACAGGCCGGGAGCAGAAGGUUUAUUACAGCUACAGCCAGAUCAGUCACAAGCACAACAUCCCAGAUGACAGCCCCCAGCAGCCCCUGGGCAAAGACUCCAAGCCCCAGGGCUUUGCCCUUCCCGAGCUGGAGCACAACCUGCAGCUGCUCAUUGACAUCACGGAGCAGGAGAUCAUCCAGAGCGACCGGCAGCUGCAGUACGAGAGGGACAUGGUGGUCAACCUGAGCCACGAGAUCCAGAAGAUGGCUGAGGUGCUGUCCCACGAGGAGAAGGCCAUCAGCAACCUCAGCAAGGUGCUGGACAUGGUAGAGGAGUGUGAGAGGCGGAUGCAGCCCGGCUGUGAGAACCCUCUGACCCUGGAUGAGUGUGCAAAGAUCUUUGAGACCCUGCAGGACAAGUACUACGAGGAGUACAGGAUGUCGGACAGGGUGGACCUGGCAGUGGCCAUAGUCUAUCCUCUCAUGAAGGAAUACUUCAAGAACUGGGAUCCCCUCAAGGACUGUACAUAUGGCACGGAGAUCAUAGCCAAGUGGAAGAGCCUGCUGGAAAACGAUCAGCUGUUAUCCCACAGUGGGCAGGACCUGUCAACAGAUGCUUUUCACAGACUGAUGUGGGAGAUCUGGAUGCCAUAUGUCAGAAACAUCGUGGCGCGGUGGCAGCCGAGGAACUGUGGAUCCAUGGUGGAUUUCUUGGAUAGCUGGGUGAGCGUUGUUCCUGUGUGGAUACUGGAUAACAUUCUGGAUCAGCUCAUCUUCCCCAAGCUGCAGAAGGAGGUGGAGAGCUGGAAUCCGCUGACGGACACGGUGCCGAUCCACUCGUGGAUCCACCCCUGGCUGCCGCUGAUGCAGGCACGGCUGGAGCCGCUCUACUCGCCCAUCCGCAACAAGCUGGCCAACGCCCUGCAGAAGUGGCACCCCAGCGACUCCUCUGCCAAGCUCAUCCUUCAGCCCUGGAAGGAUGUGUUCACUCCUGGCUCAUGGGAGGCUUUCAUGGUCAAAAACAUCGUGCCUAAACUCGGAAUGUGUCUGAAUGAGCUCAUCAUCAACCCUCACCAGCAGCACAUGGAUGCCUUUUACUGGGUGAUCGACUGGGAGGGGAUGAUUUCUGUCUCCAGCCUUGUUGGGCUGCUGGAGAAACAUUUCUUCCCAAAGUGGCUGCAGGUGCUCUGCUCUUGGCUCAGUAACAGCCCCAACUACGAAGAGAUCACCAAGUGGUACCUGGGCUGGAAGUCCAUGUUCUCAGACCAGGUGCUGGCACAUCCCUCCAUCAAAGACAAGUUCAAUGAGGCUCUUGACAUCAUGAACCGGGCUGUGUCCUCCAGCGUGGGUGGGUACAUGCAGCCGGGCGCCCGGGAGAACAUCGCGUACCUGACGCACACGGAGCGGCGCAAGGACUUCCAGUACGAGGCCAUGCAGGAGCGGCGCGAGGCCGAGAACAUGGCCCAGCGCGGCAUCGGCGCUGCCGCCGGCUCCGUGCCCAUGAACUUCAAGGACCUCAUCCAGACCAAGGCUGAGGAGCACAACAUCGUCUUCAUGCCCAUCAUCGGGAAGCGGCACGAGGGGAAGCACCUCUACACCUUCGGCAGGAUCGUCAUCUACAUCGACAGGGGCGUGGUGUUCGUGCAAGGGGAGAAGACCUGGGUGCCCACCUCGCUGCAGAGCCUCAUCGACAUGGCCAAGUGAGGCCCCCCUGGGGACUGAGACACCACCCAGGAACAGCCUGUGGGGAACCCUUAGAAUAAACAAGUUCCAGGUUUGUAAAUAGUGACACUGGAGCUGGAUGCCAGGAUGGUUUUGUUGGAAGAGGUGUUCAGGCAGUGGCAAGAGGAUGGAGGGCCAGACUUCCCGACCUGGGAAGCCAGGCUAAGGGAGAACAAGCAGUGCUGGCACUUGCAAUUGCCACCUGGGCCAGAGGUUUAUCAGCAGGUUAGGAGGGAUCGCAUUCUCUGCUCCUACAGCUGAAUGAGGGCUGGCUUAGUUGAGUCCCCCAAGUCUCUAGUGACAGAUGUCACACAAAUGUCACAGCUUCUGCUGCCUGUGUGCUGUGCUGGCAGCGAGUUACUGUCCCCACAACACCCCUCACACGGUGGGCUUCUCUUUGCUGCACGCAGCCAGGACCUGUCCCAACUCUCUCUCUGCUGUGGGACUGCAGGGGUUAAGAGCACAGAGGUGAGGGAAAGAACCCCUAAGGCUUUUUUCCUGGAGGGAGCUGACCUGGUUGUUCUCAGGACUGAUCAAGAGCUGAUCUCAGCAGUGAGAGCUGGGAGCUUCUUCCAAGCCUGCACUGGGAACUAGACCCCAACACCUCCCACUACAAACCCCUCAGAUAAUUCCCCCUUCCUGAUGCGUUGAAAUGUGUGUAGUACAUGCAAAGAGGUCUUGAAUUGUUAUGAAAAGGCUGGGAAUCAAAGAGCAGUCACUGCAGUACAGAUGGUUUUCAAGGCAGGUUUUGGUGGAAUUAGUUUGCUGUAGUUCAGUGAGAGUAAAUCAAAGCUCAGCUUUACUUUUUAUUAAAUAAGAUACAAAAAUGUCCCAUCACCUCAGCAUUCAGGUGCUGCCACUUUUGGCAGAGCCUGAUGCCACUGUCCCUGCCUGAGCUCCAUCUCAGCUGCACAGAAGCUUCCAUGGGAAGAGAUGUGGAUCCCAGCCCCGCCACCACAGGGAUGGUCAGGACUUGGCAGUAGCUCCCUCCCCCUUCCUGAUGAUCUCCAGGUCCUCACAGUCUUGGUACAUCGGCUCUUCCACACAGUCCCAGACCUCAGGGGAGAGCUCCUGCAGUUUGUCCAAGGGAAACCAGUGCACGGAGGUGUCAUUGAAGGUGUCCAGGUAGCGGGGGUGACUGGGGAGGGCCACUUCCUCCACCCCUUUCAAGACCUAAAGAGCAUUUGGGGAGAAAGUUAUGGACAAUGCAGAAGCCCCUUCCUGCAAAGCUGAGCCAGUGAGGAUGAGGAUGGUGUCACAUUACCCUCAGCCCCUGUGUGCAGGGUGUUCUGCAGAUGUUCAACAAUCCUAAAGUGAUUAGCUUUUAUAUUAUAGGAUCUAGGGAAAAGGUUAUAAAAAUAACCCCCCUCUUCUUCCCAAUGGCAAUUUAUUUCCUUUCUCAUUAAAAGGUGUGUUGUCAACAUGAAACAA